AGCAAUAGAGCAAUAGAGCAAUAAAGGAACAAAGCAACAAAGCAAUAGAGCAAUAGAGCAAUAAAGGAACAAAGCAACAAAGGAAACGUAAAAAUAGUGCCAAUUAUGAAAGCAAAAUGAAGAUCCAGAUACCGAAGGAUGACAAUUACAUACUUAUGCUAGACAAGAUCAGUGAGGAGGAGAAAUUUUUCAUCCACGUGUUGUCAACAUGUGACGAGAAGAACCUGAUUGACCACCUGUUUCCCUUCGUCGACUGGGUGUGGCUGAAGUCAGACUUGAUAGCCUGGGCGCCCGUGCUGAACCGGUUCGACGACCUCCUGCAGAGGUACAUCGUGCAUAACAAGUUGAGUCGGGAGGAGACCUCCAUCGCGAGGGGGGCUAUCAGCGGAGGUGUCAGCGAAGGUGUGGAGGCCGGCGAAAGUAACACUGACAAGACGAGCGAAAGAGAGAAUGAACGGCCUAACCAAAAGAACCGUGAACUGCGGGGCGAUAAAACCCCUGAACUGCGGGGCGAAAACCCGCCAGAACCGUUCGUCCCGCCCGACCUGCUGGUCGAGCAAAUGCUCCGGUUCACGUAUCACAUCCUGGACAACUGCCUAAGCAAGUCGAAGUACAACUCGCUGGACCAUUUGCUCGUGCUGCUGUGGAGCUUCAACCCGAAGAUCUCCAUCCUGUCGGCGCAAAUUCUGAACAUAUACUACCUGUUUAUAAAAAAAACGAAGAAAAAUGAAAACAAAAUAAAUCAAAUUGUAAAUAUCCUGUCAGCGCUAAUUAACAUCCCGGUGCCGAGUUUUUUACACCCAUAUAUUAAUAGCGACAUUGGAAGGAUAAACGAUAAUAACUACAUUUCCGGUUUGGUGCUUUACUACCUGCAUGACUCCUCAGACAGGCGUUACAUGCAGAACGUGUACAGCAAAAUAGAUAAUAGGUACCUCCUGGACCUUAUCGAUUAUGAGCUCAACCUGGACACUGUCACAAUAAACGUGGAGGAUCACGAGAUCCCCUUCACGUCCGUCCUCCCCAAGGAGGUAAAUUACAAAAACGCGAAAAAAGCCCUACAACAGGCAUACGACACCAUCGUGAACAAGUACCAACUGGAUGAAAAGAAAACGUUCGACCUCAGACACAAGUUAAGGAUCUACAUGGGAUUGAUAUGUCCCAAGUACAGAAGGAAAUUAUUCAACCUGAGGUACCUAAUCAUAUCGGGCUCCCUAUCCAUUAACUCCAUUUUGUAUCCCCAAAUUAUCCCAAGCAAUACCAUAUUUUUACAGGAAAUUUUGUACCUACUAAAAUACCACAAGUUUAUUGCCUUUAACACGCUGCAUAUAAUAUUUGACCUGCUCACGACGGCCAUAGAGCCUCACCUUCACUACCAAGUGGUGUCGGACAUUUUGGGCCUCCGAUUGCAUAGCGGCUUAUUCAUCAGCGUCUUUAAGUACUACCUGAAUUACUUUCUUUCCACCUACACCGUUCAGAAGGAUAUCUGCCCUCUGCACAUUAUGAACGAGAGCCCAGUGGAGAUGUACAGCACCAAUGAUAUUAACACUUUGUAUGUAAAAAAAAUUCAGGAGGAGAAGGCGGUAGGCACUUCUUCCCCCUCGCUGCAGGGCGGGAGUGUACACACUGCAGGGAGGAAUGGUGCUAUCAUCGCGCGGGCCAGUAUUUACAGCUCCCUGAGUGAGCUCCUGCCGAACGAAGGUAUGGAGCAGCAGCCCCCCAGGCAGCAGCAGCAGCAGCAGCAGAGUCGCCCCCCCCCACAUGAGGAGGCCGCAACGCAUUACGCAAAUGAUCAUCAGGAUGUACCUCAGGAGGAGGGAGGAAUUCGCCCGACCGCUGCGCAAACCGCCAACCAGAUGAGCGGCACCGACCAGUUAAGCGGUUCAAACCAGUUUAGCGGCUCCAACCAGAUGAGUCCCGCCAACCAGUUAAACCCCGCCAACCAGUUAAACCCCGCCAACCAGUUGAGCGGCACCAACGAUAGUUCUCUAUUCAGCGCGGACGCGUUCCGAGGAGAAGACGACCCCGCAGGAGUGAUCGGGGCCAUGCCCCCCUUUCUGAACAACCCCCCCAUCGGCGGGGGGAUAAGUAGUGUGCAAAAUUUGAACAUCUUUGACUACAUGAGCAACGAAGGUGACACGAAUAAUGAGGGGGAUUCCACCCACGUGAGAGGGCUACCCAACGUGGGAGACCUUCCCAACAUGGGGGACCUUCCCAAUGUGGAGGACCUUCCCAACGUGGGGAAUCCACCCAACGUGAGGAACCUGAACCUGUUCGACUUCAUGAACAACAUGGACGAAGUGGACCUGCUGGGCGGUGGGCCCGCGGAUAGCAGGCUGAGCAGCCACCCGAGGGACCGCAACCGAUUUAAGGAAGAAACGCAGUACGAAAAUUACAUAAGUGAAGAGGUAAUCGUGAGCAAUAUAAAAAAGUGCAAGAAAAAUGGGGAAAGUGAAUUUAUAAAAAUUUCGAAAAAACAGUUUAAAGAUUUUAAGAAGAAGAAAAAGGAGGUGUCCAUGAUGCUACAGUUGUUAACUCUGUACCACACGUGCAUUAUGGAGCCCUGCCCAAUUCUGACCAUCGCGCAGCAGAACACGCUGAAGUUUUUCCCCCUGUAUUUGCAAGACAGCUACACGAAUAAUCUGCCCAUUGUUCAUUUGUUACUGAGGAUUAUGGAGACGCUGUUGGACUUCACGCCCAACUUUUAUUUCACGGCGAAGAACGAGGAGGAGCUGUACAAAAUUUUGCUGUCCCGUUUCCAGUACGAAAUAUUUAUGAUGUCCGACAGCUUUUACCACCUGAAUCGGGAGCACUUCCUGCGGUUUUACUUCGAGCCGUUCGACUACCGCGGGUACGACCGCGCCUUUGUGGAAGCGGUGGGAGAGGUGGAAGCAGCGAAAGAAGUGGAAGCAGCGGACGAAGCGAACGAAGCGGAAGCAGCGGGGGGGGCAGACGAAGCGAACGAAGGGAACGCCGAAGUUGUGACCGCCGGCUCUGCCGGCUGCGCCGCUCCUCCCCCCCAGGCGAGCCUUUUCUCCCGGCGCAACGCGAAGCUAGUGCGGCUGUUCCAAACGUACGACAUCAACGAGCGCGCCUCGGAGGAGACGCUGCUGAACAGGUUCGCCUUCUGGUGGAAGCUGCACAUUUAUGAAGAGCGGGUGAAGAUCAUCAAGAUGAUAAUCAAGGCGCUGAACCUGGCGCUCAAGGGCUACUCCCCAACGGACACGCUGCUCGACAUAUUUACGAACAACUACAUCUCCGUGAAAAUUAUUAAGUACAUUUUGAAGUACCCACACAAGUUUGGCCUCUGCCUGUACGGCUACAUACUAGGCUUUAUAUAUGAACACAUAUAUGAAGACCCCACGAUUUUGUCUACCCUGUUGAAGGAGGGCCUCCUGAACAUCCUACUGAACAGUAUAGUGGAGGAUAACCUGAAAGACGAAACUGUGUUGAUCUAUGUCCCGUCUCUCCUCUCCCUAAUGUUUAUUCACAGCAUUGGAAAGUCAGCCAUGAGGAAGUUGAAUUACUCCCCCAUAUAUAACCUGUUCCACUAUGUAAUAAAAAUAGACUAUUUUUUUUUCGACCGAUUUGGGGACAUAGCUGUUUCGAUAGGGAACAUCAUCAACGAGCUGGAGAACUACGGCUUCGUGAUGAGAGACUUCCUUUCCUUUCACGUGAAGUUAUUGAAGAAGCUGUACUUGGAGGGGUUAAACUUGGGCUACUGGCGAUGUUUGGAUUAUGACUACGUACAGAAGUAUGUAGAGGCCUCUGCAAAGCAGUUGCACCACGUGCAGUUGAAGGAUUUGAAUAUAGAUCGGUACAAACAUAGACGGGACAACUUCUUCCUAGACAGGUUAUCGAUUCUGUGUCGGUGCAUCCUUUCGUAUAUGAAGACCUCCUGGGUUAAAUCAUUUUUGAAGUUAAACGGUUUGAAGUUUUUGAUGGCCUACACCAAUUUGAUAAGCCUUCCUCCCAACUACAUUCACAUUUUCGAGUACCACUCGAUAUACACCUUUGUGAUGAAGAUCUAUUUGUAUGCCUCCUUUAAGAAUGUGUACAAUCAGUUCCUUUAUCCCCUGUACAACUACAGCAACUUCGUUUCGUAUGUGCAGUAUGUGAGUUUGUUGUUCCGGGGCUGUUGUUACUUCGACCUGGGUGACAACAUUGUGGUGGUUAAGCGGUCCGCUCUACUGGCGGGUGAAUUGGGAAGAACCACUCCCAUGAGUGAAGCGCCUGGAUCUGUGGGAGCGGCGGGCAAGCCCCCCCAGCGCGGAAGCAAGUACCAGCGGACGGACUACUUCGCAGGGCCUUUCAUCGACCGCAACCAGCUGCUCCUCUGCAACAUCACGCAGCUGUUCAACAUUUUGUACUUCCUAAUCUCGGCCUACACCGACGCGAAGGGGCUCUACAGCAACGAGGAGAAGCUGUACGACCUGUCCGAAUUGUCAAACAGAAAAAUUUUGGAAAUCUUUUCAGACGUCCUCGUAACGAUAGAGAGCGUGUUCGACUUUUACUUCACGUUGUAUUUUUACCAGACGAAUGACUCCAACCAGAAUAUGUUUUUGCACCUGAAGGAUAAGGUGUGCAUUCAUGAACACAUCAAGAGAACACUUCGAAACAGCCAAAAUAAAUCUGACUAUUUGCUGUACAAUUUGUUCGGAUCGAGUCGCUCCCUCUUUUGCUACUCUAUUAAUAACAACUUGUACGUGUUGAACCAAGGCCAGGGGAAAACCCACAUCAUUUGCGACCACGACAGUGCGGAUGAUUACAAAAGGACGGAUCAUCUCAGCGGAUUGGAUAACGAAGACCGGGUGUAUAAGGCCAUUUACAGAUACACCUUUUCGCAGGUCCUCAUUGAAUUUAACACCUUUGUGCAUAAAAGUAUGAAGCUGCCCUCCGACAUUGUGACGUUUAAAAGUAAGGAGAAGUCCAAAUUUCAGAAAUACUUUUCAAGUUCGGAGGACUCACUUGUCGGGGGUAAAACGGGUAGGAAGAGAACCGCGUCUAACUUGGCGAGCAGCCGAAAUGGCAUCAACGCGGCGGUGGCAGUCCACCCUCUUUGUAACGGUGCUGCAGCGCAGUGCAGCGCUGUGAAGGAGGCGCGCCUGUUGAGCGGCAACCCUUUUGAGGCCGCUUCUUCCGGCGCCGAAAAGAGCCAGCUAAACGCGCAGAGCGUCGCCAACAUGUACGCAGCAUACCGCGGCGGCAGUUGUGAGGAAUGCCACGUUGCGGAGAAGAACAAACAGCAGGGGGGAAAUAACGAUCCGAGCGUUGGCCGUAAUGAAAAUGACGCCGCUAAGAGCGAAUACAACGACUACUACAUAGAGGACAAGGACAUCCACUUGCACACGCGCCUCGCGUAUGACUCGAAGUACGUCCUGUGCGAAAGCCUCAGAUCGCUCCUAGUGGUGAUCAAAAAGUUCUUCAUCAUGAUCAAUCUAGCCUGCCAUACGAGGCAGCUGAAACUGAAGCCCACCCCGAACUACAUAUUCUACAACGUGAUUCAGCAGAAGCACAUCCUGUGCAUCAUCCGGUGUUUAACCAAGUGCAUGAUGAACGUGCCCGUGGUGAGCAAGCCCAUCCAGGAGAACCCCUACCUUGCCGGGGGCGCGGCGAGAAACGCAGCGGGGGGCGUGAACAAUCUGUACAGCGUGCUGUCCGACCACAUAACGGCGGAGAAGGUCAGCUACUUGAGCGAGCCCAGCAGGGAGCACCCGCAGUCGCCGGGGUUAGCGGCAACCGCGUGCAAGAGCGGAGCCAAGAAAUGGCCCAAGGUCGGAACGAAGAUGGAUUUUCCCCCAUGUGAGGGCACCGCGGAAGCAAAUCCAACGAAGGAGCACCUCCCCCACUGUGGCAGUGCCAAUUGGGGCGCGGAAAGGGACGCGCAGCAGAAGGACUUCAACCUGUACGACUACGCGUACACCCCCUUCACCAGCCACCAUGUGGAGAAGAUAGAGAACUUUUACCCCGAGCCGUUUUACAUGGAGGAGAUUCUGUUCAAGCGAUACAACUUUAACUUUUCCCUGAUCGAGGUGGUGCCGAAUAAGGACCUCCACCAGAGUGGAGGUGCUACUGCAGGUGUAGAGGCGAGUGUAAGGGUAAAUGUGGCCGCGCGCCGAAGCCCCCCCGAAGAGGUGGAGGAGGAGGAGGCGCACCACUGCAGGGACCCCCAGGGAGACCUCCCCAGCCGCGACUUGAGCAAGUACAACAAGUCGUACAUCUGCACCAGCGUGCGGGAGGCGGACGGGACCUUCCGCGUGGUCCACCACAACGGCGGCUUCAAUUUUGCCAAGUUCGCCGAGGAAGGCGCGAACGAGCGGGGCGAAGGGAACCAGGCGAGUCGUGCAGCGAGUCGCGAAGGGGGUGGCGAAGGGACUGGCGAAAUGAGCCACGAAGGGAAUCACAAAACGAACGUGUGGAACAACCCAACCAGCAGCAACGCCGCCCCGGGCGAGAACAGAAGAGCGAGCGAAACACCCAAGGAAAGGAAACUCUCCCCAGUGGGCAUCAGCAUAGAACAUUACAGCCCCAUGAAAACGGUGAAGUACAUCGCGGAGCUCAUAAACAUCCUGCACAAGCUACUGGCAGAUAACAAGCUGGAAUUUAUUAGCUACUUUUAUUUCCUAGAUUUGCUCUACAAAGUGGGGACGUUUGACUUCAUUUUCAACAUGUUCAAUUAUGUGAUGAGCGUGUACAUAUCCCUGCUGGCGCUGUACUACAGGAAGAAGAAGGAGAUGAGGGAGGUGAAGAAGAACAAACAGAACGCGAGGCCCAACUACGUUACGUACAUUCCGAUUCACAUCAGCAAGAAUUUUACCUGCACGAACACCUUCUUCGUUCGGUACGUAAUCCGGGUGAUGGAAUUCUAUGCUGACGCGGAUAUGAGUAGCCUUAAGAUUUACCUCCAAAUCGUCGUCAAAGGGAUAAGCGCCUUCCUGGACUUUUUCGUCAACCUCAUCAACAUUGGCAAGUUUAACUUGAUGCUCUUCUGCACCAAGAUGCUACACCCCCUCACGCGCUUGCACAACGACUUUGAGAGCCUCUCCCCGCAGGGGAAGGCGCGGGAAGCGGCGGUGGAAGCGGCAGCGGAGGGAGCAGCCGCUAAUACGCACAGUGGUGAUGGGGCCGCUCCGAAUGGCAAGGCUGAAGAGGUAAACCCAUUGCUCGCGAGCGGGAGCGUGCAAACUCCCAACAACGGCGCUGGUGGAGAGGCCAAUUUGCUAACCCCUCACAUGGAAGGACCAAACGAGUUAAGCGAGAGCAGUGUGGAGGCGGCCGCGCUGGAGAACUCCCACGUGGGCGCGUUCCCCAAUUCGGGCGAAGCCAAGGGAAAAAAAAAACAUGACGCUGCGGAACUUAGCAAAGGUAUCAACUCGGUCAGUGCUGCCAAGGAGAGUAAAAAAGGUGGCGACGCUCUUCCCGACGGAAGAAAUGCCAAGGAGGAAAGCAGCAGUAGCACCCCCCCGCAAAGCGCAAAACGCGCGUCAGAACACACCUUCACGUACAACAACAACUUUAUCUUCUCGCUGGACUACUUCGACAUUGUUAACACCAUCCGCUCGGUGAAGUGCGAAAUAACCAACAACGUCUUCAUGUGGCUGACUUACAUCAACAGCACCAGCGUGAAAAUUGGCAAUCUGGGGAAGAACAAUAUUUACAUAAACUUCAACAAUAAUGUGGUGUACACCAUGUUGAGGAUCAUUUUGAAGUUCAUUCAUCACUCGGUUGGAGUGGAACCGAGGAUCAUCGACUUCUGGGCGAAGGAGAAGUGCAGAGAUAAGAGGAGCGUCGGUGGUAAGGAUAAAGAGAGGGAGAGGGAGAAGGAGAAGGAUAAAGAUAAAGAUAAAGAUAAAGAGAGGGAGAGGGAGAAGGAGAAGGAUAAAGAUAAAGAUAAAGAGAGGGAGAGGGAGAAGGACGCCUUUAACUACCCCCACGUGAACAUCUUGGAGGAGUGGGGCCUAAUGGGCUUCGACGAAAAAACGAUUUACGACUGCCUCAAUUAUUCCGGCACCACGGACCUCGACUGCACGUUGAACUAUUUGGACAAGGCCAAGGAGAAGGAGUUCUUCCUCAACAUAGGGAGGGAUAAACUCCCUGGGGAGAGGAAGAACGGCGUGGGCAGGAGGCCCCCCUACUACGACUUUGACUACAACAGCAGCGAUGAGAACGAGAAUUCGACGGCUAUUAACAGAAGGGUGGACAACAUCCGAUUGGGGGUCAACGAGAAUGCCAGCGAGGAGGAACUCAAUGACGCGGUGCAGGUUGCAGCAGAGCGGAACCCCGUCGAUGGGAGCAGCACCACUGGGGGGGGCCAUCCCACAGAUGCGAAUACCUCCCCACCGCCGCUAACCCCAAGUGAUGCCCCCAAAAAUGGAAACGACAAGGAGGACAUCUUCCACAAAGAUGACAAAUACGUGCUGGAGAAGUUCCCCUUCAUGUUCGAAAUUUUGAAAGAAGCCAAGGCAAAGUCCACGCAUGCAAGGGUGUACUACUACCAAACGGUUAUGGAUCCCAACAGCAAGAGGAACAUGAUAUUCUACCUCCAGUACUAUUUGAAGCUAUUGAAGAAGAAUCUCUUCCUCACAUAUGAAGAGAAGAAUGAGAUAAAGCAAUUUUGGGACGAGGAGAAUUAUCUCCUGCUCAGGCAACUCAUUUACAAGUACAUUUUUAACAUGCUCAUAAAUAUAAUUAUAACCAUUCCGUUUAAUGAAGGGGGCUACACGAAUCUUUACCUGAGCUUCCUCCUCGUUGACAUUGACAAGAAGAGUGUGAAGCUGCUCCUGGACCAUUAUAGAAAAACCAUUCAGGACAAAAACACCAACAAAAGCCGCAUAUUCAACCACCAAGAUGUGAAGAUCAUCAUUUUGUACUACUUCAUUGAGAACAUUUCGAAGAAAAUAAAAAUGUUGAAGAAUGAUGAGGCGUUUCCUAUAGAACCCUUCUACCAUUGCCACCACUUGUUUAUGUACGUUAAUAAGAGGAAGAAUAAAAACGUGAAGAAUGGCGAUGACGGGGGGGGGAAACCCGAGAAGAAGGACAACAAAAAUGGAAGUAAAGGCAAAUUCGCGCAGAGUAGGAGUGGACUACCCAGCGACGCCGGGGGAGUGAUCCCCAUUUUGGCGCAAACCGCGGAGGCCAAUGUGGGGAGUGGCGGUGCGAUCGGCGCAGUGGGAAGCGGGCGCCAGCUGGGCAGCGACGCGGGUCGGGCGGCCAGCAGCACUUCCGGGAUGGCGCCAAACGUUUCGCAGAAUGUCCCGCAUAACGUCCCGCACAGCGCCCCGCAGAGUAUCCCCACCAGUGGUGGCCCCUCCGGGGGAGGCGCACUGGGCAGCGUGCGCAACAUGCUGGUGAGUAGUUCUAACAACCCGAUGAGCAGCGCGAACGGCCGAGGCAGAGCGGGCAACCCGGUGAGUGAAUUCCUCGCAGAGUACCAACUGAACAGCAACUACGACGUUAGCAACCACAGCGAUGACAACACGACGACGGCCUUCUACCCAGGCAGCGACAUCGUGGAUGACAAAAAUUCAGUCACAAAUAACCACAAAAAGGGUAAGGAGCAUGCUAAUCAUCCAGAUGCAGAGCUAGCCAACGAUUCGAAUGAUCCCAAAAAUUGCAUCUACGGAACCAAGUAUAUUAAGGGAGACCUAGAUGUCAUAUACGAGUCGCAGAGGGACAUGGAAAUCUACUCCUACCACUUUUGCCUGCACAUGCUUUUUUUCACCCUCUGCAAUAUUAUUGACAAAUACACCAUAGCGAGAAAUUUGAUUUUGCAUAUAGAUAGGAACAUCCUGGACUACUGCAUUUUCUUUUUGCACAAAUUUAACGGGGCCUAUGUGAAGAGCGUGGAAGCGAAUGUUAACCACUUCCUAGCGGAGAGUAUAUCCCAACACUGUUUCGCCACUCCUGGCUCGAGUGAUGAACAGAUGCUUUCCAACACACACGGGGGGUGUUGCGAAGCGUCCGCCAAUGACAACGAUGCGGGGAAGAGGAAUCAGGAAAAGAACAAACGGAAGAGAAAAUUUAACAAAAUAGGGGCAGCAAGUAGGAUUGCCCCCAUCUCGAAUGAGCAGCAGAACGGGUUAACCAAUGGCGACCCCUGUGAGCAGGGCGCCCUUUUGACUGGCCAGAUACCCCCCCUUGGAAGUGCACAUAGCAACCGUGUUGACGGUGCUCCUAGGGAGGAUGCGAAUGAGUGUGCGCAAAAUGGGAGCCACAAAAAGUAUGCCGCUCACCUUUGCGAUGAGAGGGAUAACGACUACGUGCAUCCAACGUGUGGCGGUUCCACUCACGUUGGCGAUAGCGGCACCGCAGGGAAUAACUGCCAAGCGGAGACUCCCCAGAAGGAACAAAAAAUAAUAAACCACAUGUACAACAAAGGGUUGGUCAUAAAUAAAAAUAUCAAAACGUAUGGCAUGCUCAUUCCGUAUUGGAACUUAGCCGACACAGAUGCUGCCGAGGUGAAUCAGAAAACGGCCAUCAAUUAUUCGCCACAGGAGAAUGAGGAAAACAAAUACGUCUCGCUGUACUCCAAGCCGCCGUGCAUCUACACCCCCCUGUUCAUGUGCUUGUACAAAAUUGUUAUUAACUACUCGUUGCACAAUUUCAACGACAAGAGUAGGAAGGUAGUGAAGAAACAGAAGGAGGAAAGAACGAAUGACGAGAAGUGCGGCUCCGGUUUGGUUAGAAAUGUGCCCAGCGGCAAAGUGGAGAAGGCCACCUCUCAGAGUGAGAAGAAGAAUCUCGGCCAGAGCGCGCCCACCAGCGCGAGCGUAGCAACUGUGCAGGCGGUGCAGGCGGUGCAGGCGGGGCAAACAGGGCAAGCAGGGCAAGCAGGACAAACGGUGCAAACCACGCAAGCCGUCCAAACGAUGAGCGAAAACGUCCGCUUCAUCUCCGCGGAAAAGCAGCACAACAUCAUAAAGAUAUGCAUCGACACGCUGUACUUCUUCAAGGGCUACAACGCACAGCUGUGCAUGAGCAUUUUGCAGAUAAUUGAGUACCUGACGACCACGUACAGCAACGUCAUUUUCUUCAUUUCGUAUACGCCCCCAAAUGUGUAUAGGAACUUUAGGAAGGUGUUCGAGCUGGAGGAAAGGAAGAUGGAAAGGAUGCGCGCAGGGGGGAAGAACCCGCUUGAUAAUAGAGGCAGCGCGCACGGAAGGCCCAACGCAGCAGGGGAAAAUCCAAGCGAGGAGUUAUUUCCCAGCAGAGAAGAGGAACUUUCCCGAGGGGACCUCCACAAAAGGGAGACCACCAUCAGUGUCGGAAACGUUAUGGAACCCCCUAGAGAUAGAAGCACCGAGGGAAUGUGCAGCCCCCCCAAUGUCACAAUGAAUGAGCAGCAGGAUAAUGGCGGCCCCUUUGAACAGAAGUGCACCCCCCAUGUUGACGUGAACGAGUUGAUCCUAAACAACAUCAGCAGAAGCGGACUUGGAAUUCUCCUAACCAUUUCGAAACAAGCGAAAUUUAAGGACAUGCUCAUCAUCCUGAUAAACAUCCUCAUCCAGUGCUUCACCGACAAUUACGUCAUCGCCAACCGAAUUGAAUAUAGCCUCAAGUCCUACUUCCUCUGUCAUGGGAUCCCAGUCAAGUGCUUCAUGAGGAAGGAUGACUUGAAGGUCCUAGAGGACCACAAAUUUUCAAACGCUUUGGGUGUAUCAUUGAGCGAAUUGAAUGAGGCAUUAUAUCCAUUCAUCUUUAAGAACCCCCAGAUGUAUGAAGAAAUUUUGAGUUGUUUGUGCUUUUUUCCGAACCUGAAAUAUGUGAAGAAGGAAGAAGCGAGUGAUGUGCAGCAGCAGGUUGGCGACGCGGCAGACUUCCUUUCCGUCAAUGGUUUUGGCGAAACGGUUGGCGCGCAUAGCGCAGUGGGGUUGGCGAGCGAGCAAACGAGGGAGAAAAGGAACGGCGGAAAUGUGCACACAGGUGUGUGUAAUGGUGUCGAAGUUGCGAAGGGGGCGAAAAGGGGGAAGCAUGGCGGGAAGGACUACGGGAAGGACUCUGGGAAGGACUGCGGGAAGGACCUCGACCAAGAAGGGCGAAGUGCUUUCCAAAGCGCCACGAACAGCGGCGCGCCCAGUGGCGCAGCCCAGCUGGGCAAGAAGAAGGGCAAGUCGGCGAGGGAGAGCAGUGCGCAGCAGGGGGCGCCCCCCGACGGGGAGGGGAGCGGGAAAGGCGGCGCAGGCAGUGACAAUGUUGGGUGCGGAAGUGGAAAUGGAAGCGGCGGCGGCCAGUUCUACCUCAACCUGCUGCCCAUCCCGGAGCAUAUAAAAUCCAUUUACAUGCUCUCCGAAACGGCCAACAGCACCAAGUACCUGCGGAAGUAUUUCCUGAAGAACAAUUUUUACAACUUUUACAUCCUGGCCGUUCUGCUGGAUUUUUUAAAUCUGUUCACCAUCAUCCAAAGCAAAACGAGGCUAGUAAAGCUCAGCGAAAAGGAGGAACGGCUACAGUUUAACAAGAGGCUAAUGGAGAUCUACGGGACACAUGCCGACUUUGACGCCGAGCUAGAUUACAAGGUGAUGUACCCCUUCGCACUGACUGCAGAUAAUAUGCUCUUCAUUGUUAACUUAAUUUUUAAAACGUUUAAACAUUUGAUCGUUUAUUUGGUGAAGGUCCCCAAUUCGUUUAACCAAAAAAUUAUGAAGACCUUUUUUCUGAACGAUUAUGAUGAGCUUGUGCAGGGUUGUAAGGGGGACGCUCAGCAGUACAGUGACGCGGCUGCUUUUGCUCACCCCUUCCAGGUGAACACUACUCAGGGGAGGGAGGCAAAAAUGGGCAGCACUGUAUUGGCUGCAGCGGGAAUAAAUCAAGGCACAUCGAGUCGAAGUAAAAAUUGUGCGGAUGUUUUUUCCAGCAGCUGUGGGGUAGUUUACCCACCAAAUGGCAACCACAACAGUUGUGGCGACGAUUUGAACGCCCUCAUAAAGGGGACCCCCGAACAGGCCGCAAACCCCCCCUGCGGAGAUAACCACGUAGCAGUGGAAAGCUCGUCUGCAGUGCUCAAACUGGCGAAGCCGGAGUUGGCCUCCAAUACGCCCUAUACGUAUCGAGAAAUUUCGGAGUUUUACUUGCAGAAUUAUUUGCAGUACUAUGCCCUGUUCGAUUUAUCCAAGUUGACGUUUAGGAGCUGCUUGUUCCCGUUUCUGAUGGAGAGGGGCAGCGGUAGUGGCAGCGGUAGCGGCAGCGGCAGCAGGGAGAGGGGGAAGGACCGGGGAAGGGAGAAGGAGAAGCACAUUGAACGGGAGAAGGAGAAGCCCACCGAACGGGAGAAGGAGAAGCCCACCGAACGGGAGAAGGAGCUGCUCGCAGGCCAUCUCCUCAGCGCGAACCCCCCGAACAACCUGGUGUUUACCCCCCUGCUGAUAUUUCUGUUCAAACGGAUACUGCCCCAAUUUAUAUGCCUGAGCCACCCGAGCAUCCACACGACCUACUCGCCAAAAAAAUUGGAGGAAAAAUCAAAGUGCACGGAUUACCAUUACCAGUCCCUAUUAAACAGCAACGAAUUUAAAAAUGUAAAUUAUGUUAAACAUAUAGCCAAUUUUGUUCAGCUCAUUUUUGACAUCCACUCCUCCAGCUACGAUGUACAUAAGAAGGUGGUGCAAGAAAUUAUGCACCUCCUGAAGGUGUAUAGCAUUUUUCAGAAACGGAAGGAACAACCGUCUGGGAAAGCAUCGCCCGAAUGGCACAACAACGUGUUCGCCACCCUCAUCGAUGUGUUCUCCUACGCGGUGAGUGCUUUGCUGUACAAGCUGGUCAACGAGGAACAGAACAUCAAAAUAGAGAACAGCCACCUGCUGGAGGAGAAGCACCUGCUCGGCAGCGGCAAGUACAUUUCCAAGGUGUUGGAGUUUGCACAGAAGGGCGAGGAGGAGCAGGAGGCCGGGAACGGUGGAGGCGGCCCCAACCGCGACGACGACAGCGACGACUGCGGGGACUGUGGCGCGGGGGGAAGCGGAAGCGGGGGAAACCACCGCGGUAAUGCAAGCGGUGGUAAUGCAAGCGGUGGUAAUGCAGGCGGUGGUAAUGCAAGCGGUGGCAAUCCGAGCGGUGGUAAUGCAGGUGGUGGCAAUCACAACCGUGGUAAUAACAACGGAGGCAAUCACAAUGGAGGUAGUAACAACGGCGGAAAUCACAAUGGAGGCAAUCACAACGGUGGUGGCGGCGGUGGCAGCGGCGGUGACGGCGGCGGAGGGGGCGAGGACCACGACGAGGAGGAGAAGGCCGAGAAGAAGGACGACGGCAACAAAGCGUUCACGUACAGCAGGGAGCAGCUGGCCCUCUUCCGCAUGGCGCUGUGCAGCCUGCUAAACAAGCUGGACUACACGAAGGAAGAUUUCGCCAACACAGCCACCUCCAUUAUUCGCUGUUUGUCUGUGCUGACAUCCGCACCCAUUUUGGGUUACCCCAUAAAAACGAAGAACAACAAGCUGUAUAUGCUAAAAUUGAACAAGCUAAAUGAAAGGAAAAACAAAAAAAUUAAAAAAAUCAAGAGGAAUAAGAGAAGAAAGAAUUUGUCAUGCGUAACUUUUUUAAAUCCAUCCUACGUACGCUUCAGAUCUGACUCAAGCAACAACAACUCGGCUGGCUCGGACAUCCCCUAUUCAGUCGACUCGGAUGUUUCGUACGAGGAACAUUUCGUUUUUGAUAAUGACGAUAGUAACGAGGAGGAUGACCUUCGGUAUGAGUAUGAGGAGGAGAUGGACGACGAUUACGUUGACAUGGUGGAUGGCGAGGACACGGAGGAGGACGCAGAUGAUGCGGAUGACGCGGAGGAUGCAGACGACGCGGAGGAUGCAGACGACGCGGAUGAUGCGGAUGACGCAGACGAUGCAGAUGACGACGAUGAUGAAGCGGACGAUGAGGUAGAUGACGAGGUGGAUGACGAGGUGGAUGACGAGGCGGACGACGAGGUGGAUGAUGAAGCGGACGACGAGGCGGAUGAUGAUGGUGAAGAGGACGCGGGAGACGAAGCGGAUGCGGCAGCGCAUGGAGAGGGGGAAGAUGACGAGGUGGAGGAAGCGGACGAUGUAGAUGCCGUUGGCGAGGCGGAAGAUAGACCACGAAGGAGGAGAAGAAGAGGAAGAAGAAGAAGAAGAAACGCAGAAUUGCACAACGAACGAGAGGGGCAUUCCGAACAGAGGCGCAACAACAACGGAAGUAGUAACAACCCGUUGAGCAACGCGCACUUGGACACGGAUGAGAAUAAUGAAAAUUCACCUAACGAGGGGGCGAACGAAACGGAGGGGGAUUACACCAAUGAGGAGGUGGAGGAGGAGGAGGAAGAAGAAGAAGAAGAAGAAGAUAUAGAUGAGGAGGACGAGGACGUCGAAGAAGACGUCGAGGAGGAGGAUGAAGACGUCGAAGAGGAGGACGACGACGACGACGACAUGGAGGACGACGAUGACGAUAUGGAGGAUGACGACGAUAUGGAAGACGACGAGGAGGACGACGAUGAAGCCAUGGAGGAGGAGGAAGAAGAAUACGACGAAAUCGACAUGGAGGAGGAAGAGGAUGACGGAGGCAGAAACGGAAACGAACAUGAUGCUAAUAGAGGCCUGCAUGUACACGCCUACCUCGUGCAAGAUAGAAACGUCAUCGACGAAGAUAACCUGUAUGAUCACUCCAAUAAUUUAUUGCUCCCCCAUGAGGUGGACGAAAAUGAGGAGAACAUGUCACACAUGGGGGACAACAACAAUAACAUCGUUUCGAAUUUGGAGCUCGGUUCGGACAGCAGCAACGAUAUGGAUGAAGGGCAGGGCGUCCAUAGAAUUAGAGAAAUUGACGAAACGGAGGACUACGAUGAGGAUGACGAGGAUGACGAUGAGGAUGACGAGGAUGACGACGAUGAUGAUGAUGAUGACGACGACGAUGACGAUGAUGACGAUGAUGAUGACGACGACGACGAUGAUGACGACGAGGAAGAGGAAGAAAUCGACGAAGAUGAGGAUGAAGAAGAAAUCAACGGAAACAACGGCGCCUUCCGAAUUAGCCAAGCGGAUGAUAACGUCAGAGCGGCGAAUAACAACGCGGAUCUAAUCGACACAGAAAUGAACGUGAACAAUUCCCUCCUCACCUGCAAUGAAAACCAGCACGAAAUUUUGGACAUCCUCAUGGAGGAGGAUGGCGUGUAUAAUAUUAACGACGAUAUAGAUGAGUAUAACGAUGACUACAUGGACGAGGGGGAGAACAACAACCGAGCCGCGAGUGGCACUCUUAACGUGGGGGGAGCGCAACUGGGCGGUGAUGACCAUGUGGAAAACGCACAACUGGGCGGUGAUAACAACGGGGGGAGCUCCUCCCAGAAUGGCAGUGGCGGUGUAGAUAAAAAUGCCCACCCGGAUGGAGCUCACAGGGGAGAUGACAAAAUGGGCAGCGGCGAGGCCAUCCAGGGUGACCUAAUUGGCACCACCCCAGAUGGGAUAUCAAACCGUUUGAACAUUCCCCAUGCGGAUUCCCCAUCGGAAGUGAAAAAGGGUGCCUGCGGAAUGAACGGAUCUAGCGCUGCUAAUAUGGCAAACGUAGAGGAUACGGCGGAUUACCCCAGCGGGAUGACCGCCGAUGCGGAAGUGUCGACGCAGAACAAAGGCGUAUGCAACGAAUUGCAGAAUGAGUUGGCGACUAACGGGAUUCACGUGGGCAUGAAUAAUGGGGAAGACCAAAAUGGUGCUUACAAUUGCAUACAAGGUGGUAAUUUCAACCCGUUAGUUAGCAGUGAUAAUGUCAAUUCGCUAGUUAGCAGUGAUAAUGUCAACCCGUUCGUUAACGCACGUUCGGACCCCGGCCUCCCCGUUCCAGCUAGCGACACCCCGGGGGAGACUCUUUUCCCGCCGCACAUGAACCAAGGGACCCAUAAAAGCGUAAACGCGGUUGCAAACGGGAAUGUGAUUAAGAGCGAAAUGAACAGCGUGGCUGCGAUUAACCAGCAAGAUGGUGCAGGAGGGGCAGAAGGAGGGGCAGAUAAUAAACUCGCUGCUAGGAGCACAGCUGCUGCUAUUACUAAGCAGGAGGAAAACAAAAAGGGUGGUUCCCCCACAGGCGCCAAUGCUUCAAUAGCGGAAAGCGGGAAGAAGGGUGAGUCGGGCGGUGCCUUUGAUAAAAUGCAGAGCCCUUCCGCCGAGGCAACCACAAGCAGGACGAGUGUAAACGAAAAUGACAUCAACUUGAUAGAUUUGUACUACCAUUUUUACAACAGCAAUAACAGAGAUGUGAAUACCCUGCUGGGAGAGAAUAACAGCAUUUUGUAUUUGAACGAAACGGGCACCAUUCACCCCUCCGCGGUGAAGAGCAGCGCGAGUGGGUUGCCCAGUGGGGCUACUGCUGACCAAGGCGACGGUGCCGGUGCGAUCGGCGUGGACGCACCUCCGAGUGGGUUUCCCACAAAUGGGUCACUCUCAAAUGGGGUGCCCACAAGUGGAGUUUCCCCAAAUGGAGCCCCCCCCAGUGUAGUUCCCACAAACGAAACAAGCCCGAUGGGGUUGCCCCCCGUCGAGGCCGCCCCCAUGGAGCUAAUCGAUCGGGAGCAAGGAACGCUGCUAAGCAGCCGCAUGGAGAAUUACGGGCCUGUUAACUACACCCCAACGAGCACCAACAUAUUUGCCCUAAUGGAUAACCUUUGCUCCAAUUUGCUAACCCUAAAUAGAAGAAGAAACGAACGUUUGAAUAGCAUGUUGGGCACCUCUGUGCACAUCCCCGACGGUGUGAGAAAUAACAGCAUUAACAUCCCCAUGGGAAUCAACGAAGAUUUCAACAUAAGUGGAAGCAUAUCAAAUGAGAACGCCGCAUAUGACCCCACCAACAUGUUGCACGAAAGUGGCUGUACAUACUACCACCUGAAUCUAGAUAGAGUCAACAGCUUUUAUUCCCCCCCGAUGUUUAACACCUCUCCAAGCAUGCGAUCCAAUAACGUCUCCGUCCGAAGCAUCAACCAAACGAACCACAGCCUUCGAAAUUUGUUUAACAUUAUUAGGAACUACAACAUCAGCGAUAAUAAUAUUAACUACACGCGGAAUUCGAGUCCCACUCUGAACGACUUGGGUCGCAGGGGCGAGGGCUCGGCGGAGGCGGUUAGCGGUUCGAAUAGCGGUGUGGUUAGCGGCGCGAUUAGUGGCGCGAUUUGCGGCGCAAAUAACGGCUCAAAUGUGAUGAGCGCAGAGAACGGGGAAGCCCCCGUGGGGGACGCAUUCAGCGAGCGGGGCAGCAACGACGCGCCGGCCGAGAUGAACACCCUAGCGAAUAAAAUCAAAAGCGGGAACACCAUCAAGGAAAAGAACGAGGGAGUGAAAGAAGAAAAGUUUUGCCUUGCCGACACCGUCCUCGACAACGACAAGAAAUUAAAAAGCAGCAUCUGCAACAUGAUGUACAACAGACUGUGCAAAGCCAUUCCCAAGGUUCAUAUAAAUUUACCCAUCGAGAAUUUACUGGAGGAGAAAAAAAAAAUAAUUCAAAGCAUGCGCAGGAAGGAAGAGGAGAAGAAAGAACUUGGAAGCAAGAAGGAAGCGCAGCGGGGCAAGGCCGGCAAACAGGAGCAGGCGAAAAGAGGUGGCCCCCAGAAAGGGGAAGCGCCUUUGAAGGGGGAGGAGGUGGAAAACGGCGUGGAAAACGACGCGGAAGGUCACGCGGAAGGUCCCGUGGAAGGUCCCGUGGAAGGACACACGGAGGGCCACACCGAAGGGGAAGAAAAACCACGCGAUAACGGCGCUGCUCCGCCUGAGGCGGAUUCCACGCCCAGUCAAAAUGCCCCAGCGGAGAUUGCACCAAGUGGAGCGGCCGACCCACCGUUCGAAGCCGUGUUGUAUGACGGCAAUUCCAGCCCAGAUGUUCCCAGCAGUGAUAUAAUGGGCGCAGAGCAGAGCAACGCAGCUGACCCAAACCAAGCGGCCGAGCAGAAUGACCACCCUGGCGAAAGUAUCCCCAACGAGGAGGACUACAAAAACAUUAACUACGAAGAAAUAUUCGACAACGUGUUGAGAAUCGAAUCGCUGCUCAUAAUCUGCUGCGCUUUGGGAAUAAACGAAGGCCAGUUCUUCCAGCUGCUAAACGUGGAUAGGUCCUUCCUCAUUGAACUCCCAAACAAUUUGAUCGACGAAAUUAUCGUCCAGCAUUUGAAGAACAUCACCCUAGCGGGUGUAAACGAACUGGCACAGGAGAAUACCCAAAACGGUAAAAAAAUUUCCAUAGAGCUGUAUAAGAAGUAUCUUAAAUUUCAGGAGUUUAGCAGGACGCACCCGGGCGGUCAGCAAGCGGGUGCCCAUAACGAAACGGCCGACGCGCUAACUGAUCAGCAAAAUGGCAGCGGUAGUGAUCCCAACGCAAGCGCGAUUGCAACUGCCCAUGUGGAAGGAAACGCCGCGGGUAACAACGGCAGUGGAGCGUUAUCAGAUCAGAUGGGGGAAGCGGUGGUGGAAACGGUGCAGGGGGGGGCGAAUAAUGGCGAUGCCACAGUUGAGGGGAAUGGCCUCCCAGUGGAAAACGCAGCCAAUGUGGUAAGUGCGGCCAGCGUGGAAAACGCAGCCAACGUGGAGAGUGCCGCCAAUAUGGAAAGUGCAACCAACGUGGAGAGUGCCCCCCGCGAAGAAGCCCCCCCCCAGGGGGAAACAACCGCUCACCCGGAAACCCCCGCGAAAAGCGAGGGCGAGAAAAACCUGCUCAUCUACAACAGCAUUAAGAAGAGCUACCUGGAAGCGCUGCCGUCCAGCGUGCGCGCAGAAAUCAAGAAGAGAAUAAUAGGCAACAGGAGCCAGCGAAACGAAACGCAGGACGAAACGAACAUCGCGUUUAUAGAUUCUCUGACGCCGGAGCUGAGGAGGGACGUGCUGUCCUCCGCGAGCUUGAGAUUCAUAAGAACGCUGACGGAGGAAAUGAUAGAGGAGGCAAGAAAUUUAAGAUUCGUGGUGUUGAACAGCCGAUCGAAUUUGCUAACCGGUAGUAAUCGACCCAGGCAGAACGCCGUCGCCAACGCGGUUAGCGAAGGGGACAGCGCGGAUGCGAGUGCCAACUUUAGAGGAAGCAGCUCAGGAAAUGCGAGCGGCGGCGGAGGCAUCUCCAGUGGACCUAACGCCAGCGGAAUGAACGCAAGUGAAAUCAAUGCCAGCAGAAUUGGCGCGAGCGAAACCAACGCAGUUGGCGUUAGUGAGGGCGCCAAUCGCAGCAACAACAACGUCAGUGGCAGCGGCGCAUCGAGCGCGAACGGGCAAACGGACAGCGCCCAUGUGUCGUCCGCCAGGUUAAACACAAUCAGAAAUGACAUUCAGGAGCGAAUAACGAACACCGUUUUGAGGAACGCCGUGUCGAACCUGAACAACAUGAGCAGCAGCGAAAACAGCAACAGCAACAGCAACAGCAACAGCAACAGCAACAGCAACAGCAGCAGCAACAACAACGUGCCGGUAAUUAGCAGCGGCAGCAGCAGGCAUGCGCGAAACAACAGGACGCUGUUUAAUGUGCUUAGCAGAGCUAAUGCCAACAACCGAAGGCGCCUGAACGCAUCGCUGAGGAACCCUCUGACCACAGGGUCGCAGAGGAACAACUUCAUCAGGAUAACAUACAACGAAAAUAACAACCCCAUAAUUAUGAUUAAUACUGGGCAUGAAAACUAUGACAGUUUGACCGUUUCUCGUUUUUUGGAUCACUUUCUUGGUGGCCGAUCGUUCAACGGGGCCAUUUCUAACCUGCCGCUCUCUGACAGUGGGACCAUCAGCGCCAGUUUUUCGCUCAUUCCGACGAACCCGGGUGGAGAAGGCGGCCACGGGGGCGCCAGCAGUGGUAAUCUCAAUGGAGGGAUGAGCGGCCACAGCGGGAGCAGAGGUCAUGGCGGGAUGGGCAACCAUGCUGUGAGCAGAAGCCAUGGCGGGAUGAGCAACCAUGUCGUGAUGAGCAACCAUGUCGGGAUGAGUACCCAUGGGGGGAACAACGCGGGCAGCAGUGGCAACGCCGGCGGGAGCGGCCACCUGAAUGCAAGUCACCGCAGCGGAAACAACAACACGGGUGGCGGCAGUGCAAACAACGGUAUGAACGAAACGAGGCUGUUCAUUAACCAGGAAAACCGACUGAAUUAUGCCGAUCCAAAUUUCAGCCUCUUCACUGACGACAAGUUUGCAGAGAAAGAAGAUGAUAUAACGUUAAGUAGAUAUUUAAAGAAUUUAUUUCCCACGAAGAAUAAAGCAGAUGCGGAAAGCUCCAAAGGUAACGCCCUGUAUGUGUGUUUGGAAGAACCCGUAUCAUCACAGGCCCUGAUUGACAUUUGCAGAUUACUAUUUUUGAAAAAAGAAAUAAACAAGAAGAUCAUGUUCACUUUGUUUUGCAAUUUAACUUGUUCCUAUCAGAAGACUAAGAUUUGUGCUUUGCAAUUAUUUAUGAGCAUUUUGUGGUCAGCUUCGGUCGACUUGCAUGGGAAGAACAAUGCCCCUCGAGUGGUAGCUCUGAGGCAGGCUGUUAAUUUUCCUCCUAAAAUGCUCUACCAUAAUGUGAAUAAGAAGAAUUAUGGGCUCUUUUCGGAUAACUACUUUACAACUGCGUAUGUGUCUGCGGAGAGGGUCCUAGAACAGGUGCAGUCGCUACUCAUUACCAUCCCACAUAUUACUUCGUUUUUUUCCAUGCUCCUCGUGCACCCCGCGCUUUUCGUGCCCAAGGAUAUCAUUGAACAUAAAGUUGUGGGGCAGAAGAGGGGUGGAAAUGGCGAGUCGAGGAAAGGCCCCAGCGGUGGUGCGUUCCCGGAGGAGGGGUCUCCAGAGGGGGCGCACUCUUUGGCCGGCAAAAAGGAAGAACAAGUUGUUUCGCAACAACCGGUGAACCCCUCACAAAGCAACGCCAACAAGAUUAACGACGACGAGGCGGCCAUUCUGCAGUACGAACUGAAGAGGAAGCGACCCAAGAUGGACCAGAAAAACAGCCCGCACGCGCUGGCGCUGAGCGCAAAAAUGGAUCACGCCAAGCAAGGAGAUAAGUCAAAAAAUGAGUACCCAAUUAAUAUCCUCUUCAAGCUGCUGAACUCCUUCAUCUAUUUAACCUCCAAAAAACUGAUGAGCCACCUGCUGUCGGUCAUUUUCAAUCUGCUCAUUAACUGCGGGAAGAAGUGGCACACGUAUAGCAACUUCACCAAGUGGGUGUACACGGAAAAUUUGGAAGAGCUCCUAGACGUGGAAAAUGCCAACAAUGAGGAGGAGGUGGGGGCGAAAAAGAGCGAAGACGUCAGUAACAACGAUGCGAGCAACAACAACGAGGGGGCUGCCCUAAACAACACGAGUGAUAGCCGGAGCGGAAGAAGCAACAACGGCAAUAAGAGGAACACCACAACGGGUAAGGGCAAAAAACAGAGGCAGCACAGCAGCAACUUGAGGGAGUUCUACCACUCCUCAUCCAAGAUUAACAGAGAGCUCCUAAUGAGCAUCAGAAAUGUAAAACAAAAUGAGCCAGACAGUAGUAGCAGCGGUAGUAGGAAGGAUUCUACGAAGAGGCCAUUUUACCUCCUGGAAGUCAUAUCGGCAGAUGCCCUGAGCAAUUUGAGCAAACUAAUCUGCAACUACAAAACAAAUUUCCUAUGGAUCAACAGCAACGGUAGCGGCGGCAACAGUAACGCGAACACACCUGCUAAUAGUAAUAACCUCGAGCAAGUGCACAAGCAGGACAUAUCCUCCCUCACGCAAAUUGUGGUCUUGUUCUUUUCGCACUACAAGCUGAAGAAAUGGCAUAUACAAACGUUGAAAUAUCAUACGCAUGUUUUAAUAAGGAGAAUCAUUUACGAUUUGAAAAAAAUCAUCCAGUCCAUUCACAACAGGACGUUUAACGUUUACGCAGUUGAUCACUCGGAUAGCUUGGAGCAGAAGCUAAUUGCCUUUUAUAGAGUCAUUACCAUUUUAUUUAAUGCCCCCUCUUUGAUUGACAAUCUGAUUAACAGAAGUGAAGUUAGUAGAAAUUCCAGCGCCGAGGAAAUCAGCACCCCCCCUUCUAAGAGUGUCCUAGAUUUCAGUGCUGGCAGCACGACUGCUCCGCACAAUGCGGGGACAAUAUCCACUGGAGAUGCCGCACCGGGGGGUAAAGAAGCUAACCUGGGGGACAUCCCCGCAGGUGGUGGCGCCACUCGUACCGACCAGGCAGUCCACCACGCGAUGGAAAAAAAGAGCGCAGAUGAAGAAACCAAGUUUGACAUUUGCGCCGAUUUCUUCCUCUCCAUCAACAUCGACGAGCUGUGGGAAGAAUUCAACAAAGCCAUGCAGGUAAUCAAUAACGCCCUGAUAGAUAAGAACUACAAAUUUACCUACAAUAAUAGGAGCAAUAUGCAGUUCCCCGCAGAGGAGGGCAAAGCGGAGCAGCAUGAUGGAGGUGCACAUCUGCCGUCGCACAUAAAGGGGGAGAGCAACGUGGUAGAAGGGGGAGCAGUACCCGGCGCGCCCACCCCCCCAUGCACAAAUGGAAAGAACGAUCGAGGGGAAGCCCCACUCGGAGGAGAGAUAAACCAAUCGUUCUACGAGCUAGAUUCCUCCUCCAGCGAAACGUCAGAACAAGGGAGCCCCAACUCGGUGACUGCAGGCAGCCCGCAGCAGGAAGAAGAACCACCCCUCCCACGCAGUGGAGCAAAUGCAGCAGAGAACGCUAACAGCAACCCCGUGGAAGAGAAGAAGAAAGAUAAUGAAGAUGACCCCCCCCCAACCAUUUUAAACUACCUCCUACCACUUAUGGAGGCCUACCUAUUCAUAGAAGAAGUCAUUCUAGUAUCCCAAUACAAGUUGAAAAAAUUUAAAGAUUUGGAAAAAAAAGUCGCCAAUUUAAAUAUUGAAAGUAUAAAAAUUAAUGAGAAGCUGGCUUAUGACGAUAGCCCCUUUUACAUUAGCAUAUAUCAUAAGAAGGAGAAGCGGUCGGCGAGUGAUUCCAACACGGGGGGGGACCUCCAAUCGGGUAAAUUCAACACGGGCAGCCGGGUCAGUAGCAACGUUUCCAAUAAAAUGAAAAGGAAGAAGGAGCUAAGCGCGUUGUCGGACGAGGAGUUGCAGAAGGAGGGGCAGCACAAACAGCCCAAGAAGGAGGACGUUAGCAUGGCGCAUUUGGCGGAAGCGGACGCCAGCGCAGCGGGUUUUAAGCAGCUGGGGAAUGACGGUGGGGAGAAGGGGCAACAAGGUGCAGGUGGUGGCGGUGGCGACGGCGAUGGCGAUGGCCUGAUCAGCAAAAGGGAAGAAAUGACGGGGUACCUUGCCAGCGACGCGGAGGAGGGGAAGAAGGAAGGAGUCGUAGAGCCGAAGAAGAGCGCCAAGCCCGGUGAAUCGCCCAUAGGCGAAAGGAACAGAGGUAGCAGUUCCCCAAAUGGUGACCACACAGAGGAAGCGGCGCAGCAGCGGGGUGGAGAAGUGGGGCCCUACGCGGACGAGUACGAGGGGGAGGACGCGGAAGAGGAGAUGCUGAUGCGGGCGUUCGGCGACGCCAAUGAGGAUGGCAAUAACGGUGAUAACGGUGAUAGCCGCUACGACCGCCACGACCGCUAUGAGCGCCGCGACCUGGACGACGACGAGUACAUACAGAUAAAGCUGGAGGACAGCGCAGGAAGCAUCAACGGGCGGCACAAGAAGCUCAUCAAGUUCGUGUACAUAAACAGGAGGGUGAUCAACAGCCUGAUCAAGCAAACGCCAAUUCUGCUGCACCACAACUUCAAGUCGCUCAUCAAGCUGACUUCCUCCUGCAUCAACUUCGAAAACAAGAGGCACUAUUUGAGGAAGAAACUGAAACACCUCAAGUCCGGGGUGAGGAGCGAGCCAAUACGUUUGAACAUCAGGAGAGAAAAGGUGUUCACCGAUUCGUAUUACCAGCUGAGGAACAAAUCUGGAAAUGAUUUAAAAGGAAAAUUAGUAGUCACCUUCAAAAAUGAGGAGGGAGUAGAUGCAGGAGGGUUGACUCGAGAGUGGUACUCUAUACUAGCCAAAGAAAUAUUUAACCCCAAUUAUGCUUUGUUCUGUCGGGAAGGAAAGAAGAGCGAGUUUAACCACCCAAAUCCGCUGUCGUAUAUUAACCCGGACCACUUGCACUUCUUCAAAUUUGUGGGUAAAUUUAUCGCGAAGGCUAUUUAUGAUGGGCAAGUGAUAGAUGCCUAUUUUUGCAGGUCCUUCUAUAAGCACAUGCUUGGAAGGAAGAUCCUCCCAGCGGACGCAGAGUCGGUGGACCCUGAGUUUUACAACAGUUUGAUCAAAAUUGCAGAGUACAAAUUGGAAGAUCUAAAUUUAGAAAUCAACUUCAGCACCGAAAUUGACGAAUUUGGAAAAACAAAAGUUAUUGACCUCAUCCCCAAUGGUAGAAACAUCCCAGUGACAGAUGAAAAUAAACACAAGUACAUUGAGCUUCUAUGCGAGAUGAAAGUAACCAACAGUAUAAAGGAACAGUUAGAGGCCUUUAUGGAUGGUUUCAAGGAGCUAAUUCAGCCCAAACUGAUCUCCAUUUUCGAUGACAAAGAGUUAGAACUGCUCAUCAGUGGCAUUCCCACCAUUGACCUAAACGACCUGAAGGAGAAUGUAGAGUACCAUAAUUACUCGCCCAACUCGAUUCAAAUCAUUUGGUUAUGGGAUGUGCUCCAAGAAUUUGAUGAAAAUAAAAAGGCCUCCUUCUUACAGUUCGUUACAGGAACGAGUAGAGUCCCCCUUGGUGGUUUUAAAAAUCUCAUGGGCAUGAGGGGUGCGCAGAAGAUGAUCAUUUACAGGGCCUACGGCGAGGACCGCCUCCCCACCGCCCACACCUGCUUCAACCAGCUGGACCUGCCUGAGUACUCCUCCAAGGAGUUGCUAAGGAGCAAGUUGAUCAGGGCCAUCAUGGAGGGCAAGGAGGGCUUCGGCUUUAUUUAGCGCGACGUUAAUUAGGAAGCAGAGUAGGGCAUAUCAGUGCAGAGCAGAGCAAAGCAAAGCAGAACAUAGUGUAAACCUGCACGAAGAAACCCCAUGCGGGAAAGCAGUUCCCGUUUUCACCCCUGCUGAGGGGGAACCCCCUCAAAAUGGAGUUUCCCCUGGGGACUACCCCAAUUUGGCUGCCCAUUGUGGGGCGUUCCUUCCCCGUGAAUUUUUUUUUUUUUUUCCCAUUUUUAACACACACUUUUGUAACGUUGUAAUUUUACCCCCACCCUACUCCCCUUAUUGUAAACUGUUCAAAUUAGCAAAUGUUAAAUUGUUC